AAAUUUACAAAAUAAUAUAUUGAAAUCAUAACAAUUAUCUUGAUCACAUUCACAGACAAACAAAUGGGCUGCGUUGGAGGAAAAUAAUCUAAAAAUUAUAUGUGCACAUCAAAGGAUAGCUAAACUGCUUCGAAUUUGUAGUAAGAGAAAGCUUCUUAGAUGAUAUCUUCUUUACUAGAAAUAGCAAAUAACCUUGAAGAUUUAUACACAAAUAUUCUAUAGGAAAACACCUAGAUACCUGAAAAGUAUGCUCUUUUGCAUCCUUCGGAAUUUUUGUAAAAACUCAGAGAAACAGACUAAUUUAUGGAAGAAGAUAUAGAUAGAAUAGAAUAAUAAUUUAAUCAUCUGUUUAAAAAGCUAUCUGUAAUAAUUAAUUAAGCAUCCUUGAUGCUAUUUGACUAUAAAUAAAGUAAUUUAAUUAGUGAAGAAAAGAAAAAUAUUCUUUUAACAUUUAUAAUGCUCUACGAGAGCACAUGCUAAAAAUUUAUAAAUUAUUACAAUCAAAGGAGUCUAGAAAAGAGUGUAAAAACAACUAACUCCAAAAUAAUCUCUUAAGAUAUGCUCUCAUAAAAUUAAUAAUCGAGAAGCUAAAAUUAAAUUGCUUCAACUUAACUUUUUUAUAGAAAAGAUCAUUAAAAGUGA